CGUGACCUCUUCUGUAAAGUGUGAAAAUGGCGUAUGUGAAUGACAAACUGUAUCAGAACGUCGUGAGGCCGAAAAUGGCUCGGCUAGCCUCAGUCGUCAGAGUCAGAGAGAUCUUACCUCAUCUCACCUGCCUCACACUCUCUGAUCAGGAAGAGAUAGAAGCUAAGAGAGAAACUGUGGGGAACUAUAAUGCUAUGCAGCUGUUGCUGGACAACCUUCGACGAAGGGAGAACUGGCCUGAUGUUUUCAUUAGAGCACUGUAUGAAUGCGAACACCAUGAACUGGCUGAUGAAAUAAGUGGUGCUUAUAAUGCCCUGACAGGACGCACCAAUCAAAGAGCAGCUGCUUCUGAUCCCACUCCUGCUCCUGCCGCUCCCUCGGCAACCGUCACCACAGCAACAGUCCAUGCUGCUCCCGCCUCUACCCUCCCCUUGCCAGCCCCCUCGCAACAGAAUCCCCCACUCCAGGCAGUUGCCCCUCGCUCGGAGCCCUUGCCCGACGUAGCUUCCCCGGUUGCUCCUCCAUCUGCUGCUUCACAGGCUCCAGCUCCUCUUCCACCUGAACCAACUCCUCCUCAAGAGUCCGUCCCACAGGCUGUUGCAGCUCCCUCACUCCUCCAAACCACUACUCCCCAAAUCUCCGCCCCGUCGACAGCCUCGCAGUCCCAGACAGAUGCACCAUCCUCACAGGUUGCUGCCAAUGACCCUGUCUCAGUACCUCAGGUUGUGACUCCUCCUUCUUCGGUGCCUGAGGCAUCUGCACCUUCUCUCGACGCAGCACCUGAGCAAACCGCUCCCUUAGAUUCUGACCCACAUGCUACCACCCCUCCUCCAGUCUCCACACUCCAAAACCAAUCUUCUAUUGAGGUGAGUGAGACCCCCAAACCUGGGGAGGCUGCAGAGAUCCACCAACCACAAUUAAACUCUGACAUACCUGCUGGCCCACCCGUGGCACCUGCUUCAACGAAUGCACAACCCCAGUCCACUAACCUCCCUUCAGCCACUGCCCCUGCCCAAACUACUGACUUCCAGGAGGAAGACUCAUUGCCAGUGGCAGUUCCAGAGACCCACAGCUCUGUCAGUCACCCUAUACAAGACACCAACCCACCUGAAAAAGACAGCAGUGAACAUCAGGAACCAGAGGAGAGUUCUGACCCAACCAUGUAUCAGCCUGUGGAGAGUGAACACCAAAAUCAGGAGUCAAAUGCAAGUACAAUCCAGGACACAACCGAUGCUGCUGUAGGGCCAGUGCCUACCUGUGUAGCCCCUGCUGGCGCAGAGGGCAUGGUUUCGGAGGAGGAAGAGGAAUUCAGUAAACCUGGUACACUCCAAAGCAUGCCAGCCCAGCGGGAGACUGCACAUACUGUUGCUCCAUUGGAGCCUGUAACUGAAGAGCCAUGCUCUGUGACAUCUGAUGACCUGGAGAUAAGCAGGUCCACAGUGACAAUGCAGACUUGUCAGGACACCGUCAGGACUCCUCCUGUUGUGGAUGAAAAUCCUGAGGCAGCAGAAGAGCCCGUCCCCGAUUUCAACUCCAAGAUCGGUGCUUCUGGUGACGCUGCCUCUGACUCUGUCACCACCCAUGAAGCCACAUUAACACCAUGUCAAGAGAAUGGCCUCGGCGGUGACCGCCUCUCAUCUCUCAACCAGCCAAUAGAAGAUCACUAUGAGUCUGUUUGUCAGAGUUUGCAGUCAGAGACGCUGGUGAACAUAGUCCAGGUGUCUGAAGAGCCCUCAAUCCAGAACCUAGAUGGUCAGCCAUUGAGCAACCUUGUAAAUGAUGUUCACGUCUCCAAAGAAGUGCACGCCGUGAACCAUGACAGCCAUGCUGAGAAUGUGAUCGAUCAAGACGUUUCCAUUGUGCCAGAUGAUCAGUCACCUCCGGACCUGGGAAAUAUAGACCAUGUGAAUCAGCAGGCUCUUCCUGUUGUUGAUCCACCUGCCCAUGGAGAGUCAGCUGUUGUUAGCUCCCUGGAGCCAAAAGUUACAGGCUUAAAUGUCCCAAUGCCAGAGCCCAAUGCCAACCCACAGAAGGAGCUGCAGAGCAUACAGGAGCAAAGAGAGGCAGUGAUGAAUGAGGGAGAGAACAGGCAGCUCCAACCAAACCAUUACCUUAUAGCUGCCGGUGCUGUUGGUGUAGCCCUUUUAAUGGCCUGGAAGCUGAAAAAUUAGCUGUAAAAAAGUUAAAGAGGACUCUUACCUACAAGCUCCACAUUGUCGGUGGCACUUAAGGAGGAUACCCAUGCAUGCAACCCUAGCCCCUAUAUCUUUCACCUUACCCUGGGUGUUCUGUUUGUGUUUUUAGCGGGGUCUAAUAAAUGCUCCUUUAUGAUACUGAAGUCAUUCACCACUUGAAUAAAUUGUAAAUCAUUAACCAGCUAUUCCAUUAUAAUUGAUCAAUGAUUAACACGUUAAUAAAUGACAUUCUUUGCUGUGAGGUACUUUUACACAUCGAUAGGGGCAAUUAUGGAUGCAUAUUUACCUGCAAUUCUUUUGUUCAAAAUGAAGGCUUAAGACCAGAGUCUUUGUCUUCUGUUCAAGGGUUGUUUGGUGGUAAACUGUGUUGUUUCUAGUCACUGACAUUUUAUCAUGUAUUUUAUAGUGAGUUAUGUUUAAAUGCCAUGAUUUUGCCUUGUGACAACUUUGGUAGAUUAAUGGCGAAAUGAUAUGCAGGUGUAAAGGCACAAAUUCUGUUGGAACCUGUGCAUUUGAUUUCCUGUACACAAGAAAAGAACACAUAAACCCUAACACACACACACAUACACACACCGUGGAACUCAUGGUCUUCCUCCUGAUAUAAGAUAUAUAAACUUUCUAGGUGACUUUCUCAAGCCUUCACUGCCUGUUGUUUAAGUUGCACUGGACUCACAAAGUGUCCUUAGCUGUGUUUCACUUCUCAUCAAAUGGGUAGUCUACCGACAGACUUGAAGAAGUGCAUUAGUGAAUGAAUAGAGGCACAGCAAAUAAUGGAAGUGCUGAGGAGCAGCACUGAGCCAAGUAUGGCACGAGUCAUUUUUUUUAACAAAUGUAAAUGCCAUGUGUGUAUGAUGUAAACACAGCUUGUUUGUGUCUAACCUCCUUUAUUAUCAAUACACUGUGAAUCUUUGUAACUGAACCUUUGCUAUAAACAUGCUUAUUGAAAGAGACCUGGCCUUUAAAUAAUCAGUGUUCAACAAGGCGAAAAGAACUCUUUACUCGGCCUGUACAUCUAACUCUUGGCUGUACACAAAUCCUUAAACUCCUCAUUGAUUUAAUCAAGUGUGUCAUUACUGUAAUAUACAGAAAUAUAUUAUGCACUGAGAGACCAUUUCAGUGCCGAGUUUGAAC